UGUCAAGAUGUUUGUAAACAAACAUAAACCAAAACAAAGUGCACGAUUGUUUGAAAUCGAAGUUACCGUAAACUUCGCGAAUGAAAUAAAUAAGUUUGUUACAGUAAAUUACACAAAAAUAUGUACACAUCGUCGGAAGCACAGCACAGUUCAAACAUGAUCAAUUCGCAAGUAUGUCGGUUAUGUAUGAGCGAAGAGUUUCUCGAAGAUAUUUUAAACCAGGGUGAGCUUCAUACGUGGAUCAUGGAGUUAUUAUCAAUCAAGAUCACCCAAAACGAUUCAAUCAGUCAUAGCAUUUGUGCUGAAUGUAAGAUACGAUUGAACGAGUUUCAAGAGUACCGGUUGCAAUGUUUGGAUGUACAAAAUGUUUUAUGGAAUGAACGAGCUGUGAUCAACGAUGAACAAGACUCUCCGGAAGAGAGUGCGUUGGAAAAUCAAAGAAAUGAUGAGGCAAUGCCCCUGCCAAAUUCGGAAGUCGAAGAGAAAACUAACAAUGUGAUAGCGGAAGAGUCAGAUCAAGAAGUUAUCCUAGUGGAAGAUUUAAGCAGUUCUUCGGAAUGUCAAGAAGAGGAUACAAGGGAAUCGAACAUGAGUGUUGACGAACAUUAUCCAGAUGAUGAUGACCAAGUAGUGGAAGGUCCUCCUACUGCGUUGUCGUCAAUUGAAAUUUUAGAAUUAAGUGAUGAUGAAGGUCCGAAAACAAAGAAACUACCGAGCCAGAAAGCGCGAAGGAAAGAAGCCGCGAAACAUACUUGCGAAAUGUGUGGAAAAAAAGUUCGGGGAGACCAAAUGGAAGGACAUACGAACAAACAUCUGGGAAUAAAACCAUACAAAUGCGAGCGGGGUUGCACCGACGUGGCUUUCGCGGACAACUACCAUCGCAUUUGGCACUAUCGGCACCGCCAUGAUGCCCCUAAAUAUUGCUGUCCCGUUUGUAACCGAUCUUUUGCUACGAGACAAGCGAUAUUCCGCCACAAACGAAAGUAUCAUGCUACAAAGUUAUACAAAUGUGACAUUUGUCCGAAGGAGUUUGGGUCGGAGUAUCUCCAGAAAAAGCACAUGCUGGAACAUGGCGCAAAGGAAACUAAAUUUUCCUGUCCACAAUGUGACGCGUUUUUCCCCACGGAGUACGCUCUACUACGCCACAUACCGCAAAAACACGUCUCCAGCGAAGGCGAUGACUUCGGUAGGAACUGGUUGCAGGCCCAGCUAAAGCAAGCCAAAGUAAAAUGUGAGGGCGAAGUGAUGCUGCCGGAUGCCAUGCUGCAAGAUGAGUUUGUUACAGCGGAAGAGAAUGCAACCCAUUCCGAUUCGGGUGAUUUGAUUGUUAUUCAAUAAACGAAGAUACUAGGAAUAUUAA